CGCGGAGAUCUGUUCAGCAGAGCAUCACAGACCACUUGGUGUGUGUGCGGUGUGCGCGCGCGCGCGCGCGCCGUUUGUACACUCUCCCCCCCCCCCCCUCGCUCCUCUCCUGCGCUGUGGACCAUCCUCUCCGCGGACGACCGUCGUCUUGGCGGAGGACCCGUCGUCCUCGCGCAGGAUGCCGAGGCGCAGCACGCGCGCGCUCCCCGGCGCUCAUGCCCAUGUGAGGUGCUCCACGGCCGCUGGGGGCCCCGGCUGCCCACGAGAUCCUGCAGAAUAACUUCGCUUUGGUCGGACACGAGCGGGACGAGCGGGGCUCAAAGACCGUCUCGGUGGGGGGGGGGGGACACGGGGGGUCCAGCGCGCGCCGACGGCUCCUCGGGAGGAGGACCUCCAGCUUCGGGUUAUUGCACACUGAUCUGGGGGACUUUUCCCGCACAGAAGAUGCCGCCCCUCCUCCUCCUGCUGCUGCUCCUCUCGGCUCUUUGCGUCUCCACCGCGCAGGGGGACCCAGAUUCGGACCUGUCGGCGGACACCUGCAGCGCGUGCUCCUGCAUGUCCCUGGAGAACGUCCUCUACGUCAACUGCGAGAAGGUCACCGUGUACCGACCCACGAACCUGCGGCCGCCAGCCUCCAGCCUCUACCACCUCAACUUCCAGAACAACCUGCUCAUCAUCCUAUACCCAAACUCUUUUGUGAACUUCACGCAUGCCGUGUCACUGCAGCUGGGCAACAAUAAGCUGCAGAACAUCGAGGGGGGGGCCUUUUAUGGCCUCAGCUCCUUGAAACAGCUGCACCUGAACAACAACGAGCUGAAGGCGCUGCGCGCCGACACUUUCCUGGGCAUUGAGAACUUGGAGUAUCUUCAGGCCGACUACAAUUUAAUCAAGGUCGUCGAGCGAGGCGCUUUCAACAAGCUGCACAAGUUGAAGGUCCUCAUCCUGAAUGACAACCUCAUCCAGAGCCUUCCCGACAACAUUUUCCGCUUCGCGUCCCUCACACACUUGGAUAUAAGGGGGAACCGAAUACAGAAGCUGCCGUACAUCGGUGUGUUGGAACACAUCGGCAGGAUUGUGGAGCUGCAGCUGGAUGACAACCCCUGGAACUGUACCUGCGACCUGCUGCCCUUGAAGGCGUGGCUGGAGAACAUGCCGUACAACAUCUACAUCGGCGAGGCCAUCUGUGAGACUCCAAGCGACCUGUACGGGCGGCUCCUGAAGGAGACCAACAAGCAAGAGCUGUGUCCCAUGGGAACGGGCAGUGACUUUGAUGUGCGCAUGCCCCCCUCACAGCCCGAUGGUGGGCAAACCACCUCCAACGCUUCCCCAACCACCGUUCCACGCCUGGUGACCAAAGCACCCAAGGCAACUAACCCUUCCAAAAUCUCGGGAAUUGUAGCUGGGAAGCUUUAUCCUGGCAAGAACCUCAGCCAGAUCGUGUCGUUCCAGACGAGGGCGCCGCCCCUGUCCCCUUGCCCACUCCCUUGCACCUGCAAGACGCACCCUUCCGACUUCGGCAUCAGUGUCAGCUGCCAGGAAAGGAACAUCGAGAACCUCGCAGACGUGGUGCCGCGACCGCUCAAUGCCAAGAAGCUCCACCUCAGCGGCAAUUACAUCAAGGACAUCAGCCCUACCGAUUUUCAAGGGUUCGAGGGCCUUGACUUGUUACACUUAGGCAGCAAUCAGAUCGUGGAUGUUCGGAAAGGGGUGUUUGCUAAUUUGACAAAUCUGCGGCGGCUCUACCUGAAUGGCAACCAGCUGGAGCGGCUCCACCCCGAGAUGUUCCUGGGCCUGACGAACCUGCAGUACCUGUACCUGGAAUACAAUGCCAUCAAGGAGGUGCUGGCAGGGACCUUCGACUCCAUGCUGAACCUGCAGCUGUUGUACCUCAACAACAACGUGCUCAGGAGCCUGCCAGCCUACAUUUUCUCCAAGGUCUCCUUGGCCCGCCUCAACCUGAAGAACAAUCACUUCAUGAACCUGCCAGUGAGUGGGGUGCUGGACCAGCUCCGGUCCCUCACGCAGAUCGACCUGGAGGGGAACCCCUGGGAUUGCACUUGUGACCUGGUGGCGCUGAAGCUGUGGCUGGAGAAGCUGAGCGAUGGCGUUGCCGCCAAGGAAGUGCGUUGCGCCUCGCCCGUCCAGUUCUCCAACAUUGAGCUACGUCUGCUCAAAAACGAGAUCCUCUGCCCCAAGCUGGUGGCCCGGCCCCCGUUUGUUCUGACCAGCCCCACCCCGGUGGUGACAUCCUCGGCGCCAGUGGGCGUGGGCCGGGCGCCCCCCGGUGGGCCCGUGCCUCUCUCCAUCAUGAUCCUCAGCAUCCUGGUGGUGCUCAUCCUUACUGUCUUUGUGGCCUUCUGCCUUCUGGUGUUCGUGUUGCGGCGCAACAAGAGGCCACCGGGUCGGACCGAGGGUCUGGGCAACCAGGAAUGCCCAUCCAUGUCAUUGCAACUGCGGAAGCACGACAAGCCGGGUAAGAAGGACGACCUGGCUGGAGAGGCCUUCAUCCCCCAGACCAUCGAGCACGUGAGUAAGAGCCACACGUGUGGCCUGCGGGACUCCGAGUCCGGCUUGAAGUUUGCCGACUCCCAGCGACCGAAGGUCACCCUGAGGAGUGGAGUUGUGGACAAGGAUAAGGACAAGGACCCGCUGCACCCACUAGAGGCCCGCAAGAGGCUCAGCACCAUCGAUGAGCUGGAUGAGUUCCUGCCGGGCCGCGAGUCCAACAUGUUCCUCCAGAACUACCUGGAAAACAAGAAGGACUUCAACAGUAUAGGCAUGGGCGGCUUCGAAAUUCGCUACCCGGAGAAACCGCAGGACAAAAAGGUGAAAAAAUCCCUCAUCGGAGGAAACCAUAGUAAAAUUGUGGUGGAGCAGCGCAAAAGUGAGUAUUUUGAGCUGAAAGCGAAGCUCCAAGGAACGCCGGACUACCUGCAGGUGCUCGAGGAACAGACGGCUCUGAGUAAAAUGUAGGGCCCCUCCCCCACCAAUCCCAGUGACAGAAGUGCCUUCCGGAAAAUCGCGAUGACUAACGGAUAAUCGGACCGCUGUUUCCAUGGAGAAGUUCAUCAUUGUUGCAUCAUUUCCUUUAGAGUUAGAGGUUGUACUGCAAAUAUGGCCUUUUUUCCCUCUCUCUCAGUGCGGUGAUGCCAUUAUAACAAUAUACUACUACUGUAAUAUCCCAUUUAUUCAUGCGCAACUUCAGCAAAA